GUGAGGUAGUGCGUCACUUCACGCACUUCGAACGCGCCACGGCAGCCAUGUUGGACGUGGCCGCCACAGGGGCCGGCACCAGAGGGUAAACAGCUGUCACGAUGUUGGGGUCCCUCGUGUUGAAGACAACAGCUCCGGCGCCGAGGCUCCUUCUCCAGUUGCUUAGGUCUCCAUCGCUCCGGGGCCAUAGAGGUGCUUCCGGCCGGUGUGUAACUACCGGGGGCCGCGGAGAGCUGCAGCGGUUGAGGGCGGCCGUCGAUGGGUGCCCUGGAACCUCACCCGCUUCGCUCUGCCGCGGGGCAGCCACCUGGGUGCGCCAGAGGGGGGGCACCGCGACCCCAUGCCUCGCCGCCGCCACAUGGGACCACCUUCCUAGCUCUGAAGAGACACUCCUGGGGCGAGACAGCUGGAAUGGGGCCCCCAGCAGGGCCGGACUGGGCAUGUGGGCCCUGGCUACCGCGCUGGUGGUUCACUGUUACAGCAAGAGUCCGUCCAAUGCGGAUGCCGCCCUGAUGGAAGCUGCGCGUGCCAACAAUGUCCAGGAAGUCAGGAGACUGUUGUCAGAAGGUGCAGAUGUCAACGCACGACACAAACUUGGUUGGACAGCACUCAUGGUGGCCGCCAUCAGCCGAAACGACAGUGUGGUACAGGUCCUGCUUGCUGCUGGUGCUGACCCUAACCUUGGAGACGAUUUCAGCAGUGUUUAUAAGACGUCCAAGGAGCAGGGGAUUCAUUCUUUGGAAGUCCUGGUCACCCGAGAAGAUGACUUCAACAACCGGCUGAACAACCGUGCCAGCUUCAAGGGCUGUACAGCCCUACACUAUGCCGUUCUUGCUGAUGACUACCGCACUGUCAAGGAGCUUCUUGAUGGAGUGGAAGAAAUGCUGAGACCAACCCUGCACCUGUGCUCACGCUCCCGUCUCCUGCUCUCUGCAAACGUUCCAGUUGAACUAGCCUCAUCUCUCCUGCAUUAUCUAUUUUCUCCCCUCUGCUGGUCCAUUCCCACCAGCAUAAAGACAUGUCUUGUGCAGCCUGGGGUGGAUACUGGAUAAAGUGUUGGACUCUUCAAUCACAAGACCCUGAGUUCAAUCCCUGACAUCACAUAUAUCUCCCCUCUGCUGGUCCAUUCCCACCAGCAUAAAGACAUGUCUUGUGCAGCCUGGGGGGAGGGGUAGCACAGUGGAUAAAGUGUUGGACUCUUCAAUCACAAGACCCUGAGUUCAGUCCCUGACAUCAUAUAUAUCAGUGAUGUUCUGGUUUUCUCCUUUCUGUCUUUCUCAUUAAUAAAUAAAUCUAUUUAUUUAUUUA